AACAGCAACAGCAACAGCAGCAGCAACAGCAACAGCAACAGCAACAGCAACAGCAGCAGCCUGCUUUUCGUUUGAGGCCCUCGAUGCAUCCAACUGUGUUCUCAGAGCCGCAGCCACACACCUUCACGGUGUUCAACCCAUCAACACAGGAGUCCCUGGCCCACGUCCCAGACUCAAGCCUGGAGCAGACCCGCAACAUCAUCGACAGGUCCUUGCAUGCAUUCAGUUCCUGGCGACACAAGACAGCGCGGGAGCGCAGCCAGCUCUUGCGCAAAUGGGCUGAUCUACUCACACACAACACAGAUUACCUCGCUGGGGUCAUGACGCUGGAGCAGGGAAAGCCUCUCGCUGAGGCUCGUGGAGAAGUCACUUAUGGCACGUCGUUUGUGUAUUGGUUUGCGGAGGAAGCCAUUCGCUCGUAUGGAGAUGUGCAUCCUCCCAUGGCUCCAAACCAGCGCAUCAUGGUCUGGAAGCAGCCCGUCGGCGUGGCAGCGUGCAUCACGCCGUGGAACUUCCCGCUGGCCAUGAUCACGCGCAAAGCCGGCGCCGCCCUGGCUGCAGGCUGCACCAUGAUUGUCAAGCCCUCCGCAGAGACUCCGCUCACUGCCCUGGCGAUGGCUGAGCUUGCGUAUCAGGCCGGCAUUCCUGAGGACGUCCUCCCAGUCAUCACCGCGUCGCACGAAACAAGCCCAACCGUCGGCAAGGAGCUUGCCACCAACCCCAAGGUGUCCAAGCUCUCGUUCACGGGGUCGACCGCUGUUGGCAAGCAGCUGCUUGGCCUGGCCGCCAACAACGUCAAACGCGUUUCGAUGGAGCUCGGUGGUAACGCCCCGUUCAUUGUCUUUGACGAUGCAGACAUCGACGCGGCUGUGAGCGGCGCCAUUGCAAGCAAGUUCCGCAAUGCCGGGCAGACGUGCGUGUGUGCAAAUCGCUUCUUCGUGCAGAGCGGCGUGUACGACGAGUUCAUGACGAAACUCAAGCGGGAAAUUGAGAAGUUGCCUGUCGGUGACGGCUUCAAAGACGGCGUCGCCAUUGGUCCGCUGAUCAAUGAGGCGGCGGUGCGGAAUGUGACGCGUCUUGUCAUCGAUGCCCAGCGACACGGCGCUCGCAUUUUGGCUGGAGGGAUGAAACAUCCGCUUGGUGGCAACUUCUUCUACCCGACACUUGUUGCAGACGUCAAGGCCCAGUCACAGCUCUUCUGUGAGGAGAUCUUUGGCCCCAUCGCCGCCGUCUCCAAGUUCACGUCAGACGACGACAUUGUGCGCAUGGCAAACAGCACACACGCAGGCCUGGUCGCGUACUUUUACUCGCAAGAUCUGCGCCGCAUCUGGAAGACUGCAGAGCUGCUUGAGUAUGGGAUGGUUGGUGUGAACACGGGCAUCAUCAGCACGGAGGUGGCGCCUUUUGGCGGCGUGAAGGAGUCUGGCAUGGGGCGGGAAGGGUCCAGGUAUGGCAUGGCCGAGUACGAAGAGCUCAAGUAUGUCCUUCUGGAUAUGGGCAAGCAAUUUGGCGAAACUACACAACAGUGAGCGCGGCUAAAAGGAUCGUGCGCAUUACGCACAAGACACGUGGACACGCCGGCGCCCAGCUCCGAUUCGCAGCUUGGACAUUAUCCCUCGUCGUUCCCCCUUUGCGUUUUGCGUUGGACCUCGCUUCCACGCGCGUGCACACACACACACACACACACACACACACACACACACACACACACACAUAUAUACUUUGAUCAGCGAGCUGGCGUGUUGCACUGCUGCUACCUUUCCUUUACCUCUCUGCUUCAUGCUUCUCACAGUAACUGCAACCUCCCGCACACACACACACACACAUUCACACAAACAAACACAAACAAACAC